AUGGCCGUAGAUGCACAGACUCUGAGGAUGGGGUCUGGGGUGCGUGUAUGAGUCCAGUCAGAUUUCACAGUGGUGUGUGAGAUCCCCUCAGUUCAUUGUUCAUUGUUCAUGUGUUUGAAACAGUGACCUAUACUGGAUAUGACUGGUUUGUGGAAAAAUGCAUGAAGUAUUGGAUUAUUUGUUUUUUAGCAUGGCUGGAUUUAUUUAUCUUCUUCAGUAUCAGCGUGAGAUGUUUUAGGCUAGAGGAUGUUAUGUGAGUUUGGCGUCUCUUCUGGUUUGUUUUGUCUGAAUGGGUAUUUCUGUGUUGCUUUUCUUUUCUCUUUCCUUGUAGUCUUGGCCAGUCAUUAAAGGGGAAGUGGCUCUUCUGAGGAGAGGGUGGACACAUACACACACACACACACACACACACACACACACACACUGGGAGGUGACUAACAUUUUCCCAGCUCCUGAGUCUGCAGGAAUGAGUGAAAAGUAGUCUCACGCAAAUACAAGAAAUGUACACACACUCUCACUCUGUUUCAUUUUUUUCUCAAUUUGGUUGCUUCUAUCACUCUAUCCCUCUAUCCCUCAUCACUGAUCAUUCUCCCGUCUUGCUGUGCUGUAGCUGAUCGACUCGUUUGCCUGGGAGAUCGGGACUCUGAAGAGGGAGAUGGUGCAGAAGGCUGAGCCAGCAGAGAGAGACCCAGAGCCUGUCAUACUACAGGGGUAAGUGUGUGUUAAAACUGACAGACAAACUGACUAACAAAAUUGUUCUUUCUGUACAUCCGUUUACUCUAGUAGUAGUAUGAUGAGAAGACUUGCUUCAGCCUCUUCAUGGGCUGAUGUAAAACUAACUUUAGCUGUGCAUGUUAGAGGGAGAGGAAACGGUGGAAGACAUUCAAACAGUGAUUGUCUCCUUAAGGAAGGAGUAGAAUUCCCUUUCAGACCUCUGUUGUUUGUUCAAAUGUAGUAACAACAGUUAUUGAAUUCAUUGUUACUGGAUGUUUGAUAAGAAUGAUUGAUGAGGAUGAUGAUGAUAAUGAUGAGUAUGAAAAAAGUAUGAAAAUGUAUGCACUCACUAACUGUAAGUCGCUCUGGAUAAGAGCGUCUGCUAAAUGACUAAAAUGUAAAAUGAGUGGUGGUUUGAGUAACAUUGAUUUAAGUUCCACUGUAAUUUCCUGUGUCCACCAGCAGGUGUGGAUAGUGUGCCCUGGUCAUUCACGUAGCUGAGUUUCAUCAUGUCAUUGUGUUGACGGGAUGUCAGAGGGAUCUAUGUUAGGACUGACAGUGGAAAGAGUAUCAGGGAUUUUCAAAGUGAACACCAAGCAUAUUAGUGUAAAUUAGAUAAUGGGUUACAAGUUACCUGACAUUAGGUACAUAAUAAUGACAUGUAGAUUAUAAUAAAAUUAUACCCAGUAUCAGCUUCAUUUUGAAGAUUGUUAAAUAUUAGUGCUGAGCGAUUAGUGUUUUUUGAGGUAGUUUCGGUUCGAUUAAAAAAGAUAAUCACGGUUUUCGGUUUCAAUUUAUUUUAUUUUUUUACAUUAAAUGCAUUGUGCAUUAUUUACAUCUUAGUCAUUUAGCAGACGCUCUUAUCCAGAGCGACUUACAGUCGCGAGUGUAUACAUUUUCAUACUGGUCCCCCGUGGGAAUCGAACCCACAACCCUGGCGUUGCAAGCGCCAUGCUCUACCAACUUAUUAUGUGGGUUGAAUGCUGUAACAACACCGAAUACAACAAUUAAUAAAAGUCCCAUGAUGGUGGUGACUGCCCAUUACUGCUUAUCACUUAUUAACCAUCAUUUAUUCAUAUUACUUUACUUGAAUAAAGUAUUUCAGUUGUUGUGUAUAUUACAUUUGUUCUAUUUGAUGACUUUAUUAUUUCAUUCCAAGUCAUCAUCUCAUCUCUAUAGAGCUGCUGCCUAUGUGGUCUGACAAAAUCACUAUUUUGUAGUUCUUCAAAGUAAAUAAGGCAUAUUUUUAUGACUGCUGAAUACAACUAUCAAUCACUUAGAUCAGGGAUGGGCAACUCUGAUGGGGGUGUGGGCCCCAAAAAAACUGAACUCAUCAUGAGGGGCCGCAGUGGCUCGUGGGUCUGCGUACCCAGCACCCAUUUCUGAAGAUGUAUGAGUGGUGAGGGAUACGGGCCUCAGUAGGUGUGCUUGCUUUGCGUCAUUUCAUUGUUAGAUGUUGUUGGGUACAUUGGUCCUUCUACACUGAAGUACUGUUCCUCCUGGGCCAUUAUACAUAUAGGGGAUUUGAAAGGUAUAUUUCUAAUAAGGUCUCUUCCUCUCCCUCUCUCUCUCUCUCCCUCUCUCUCUCCCUCUCUCUCCCCCUCUCUCUCCCCCUCUCUCUCCCCUCUCUCUCCCUCUCUCUCUCCCUCUCUCUCUCCCUCUCUCUCUCCCUCUCUCUCUCCCCCUCUCUCUCCCCCUCUCUCUCCCCCUCUCUCUCCCUCUCUCUCAGGCUGGAUGGGGAGGUGGGAGGUCUGUUCCUACAGGCUCGUCCCUGUGUUGGUGUGGGGGCUCGGCUGGCUGGAGCUAGGGAUUCAGGCUACGACUCUUUGUGUAGAAGGAUGAGUGUGCUGGACAGGCUGGUGCAGACGCACGUUGUGUGGCUGCAGCUGGGACUUAGCCAUGCAGACUCCACAAGCAUGCUGGAACCGCAGCCCACCGGGGUGAGAUGAGAUACACUCAGUCAUUAUUUUUUUUAUUCUCAGAAGAACUGAUUGUGAAACAGGAGUUGCUCAAGUUUUACAUUGCGUUUCCAUGCAUAAAGCUUACACUGUCUUACAAGAUAAUCAAUGAUACAUCUCAUCUCAGUACACAGUAGUUUAGAAUUGUAUCUCACCACUCAACCAUCACAUUCUGAUCACUUAUUUUAAAAAAUGGUUAUCCUUUAUUUAACCAGAGAGGUCACAUUGAGAUUUACAUCUCUUUUAAAACAGCAGACAUAGUCAACACAAGAUAAAACAUCUCACACGGCUGUUUCAUUCCAUUUAAAGAGCAGAGACAUUUAUUUGACAGCCAUUUCCGUGUAGGUAAUAGGAGGAAUAAAGAAAAUAGUUUUAGGUGCAUCAGUUACUUGACCCUACCAUUACACUCCUAUUCAUGCAACAACAACCUCACAAUACUCAAAGACACCCUUACAAUCUCACACAAUGGAGGACUAAUUGAGACGUAUACUUCCGAAGUGUCUGAUAUUCUCCAUUUCAAUGUUUUUAUUGUUGUUGUCUGUGUUUCUCAAUGUGCUUUUUUACCCUGGCUGCAGACGUUUCUGGUGAGGAAGUCGACUACCCUGCAGAGGAAGGUGAUCUCUCUGCGUAUGCAUCAGGAUUCUGAGACACCCGUCAAAGACUUCCCUGUGAAGGAGAGUCAAUACAGUAAGCACCUGGCCUGUUCAUUCCCAUCGAUUAUGGAUCUUUAUCAUCCAAAUGUAUCCCGCAUAUACCUGUGUUAUUAUAAACUUAUUCUCAACACAAAAAAUAACAAUUUUCCUCUGAUCAUUUGAAUAUUAUUUUCUAUUGUAUUCAUUUUGCUCUCUGUGCAUUUCCCUUUCGGUUUUUCCCCCUCCUAAAUCAACACGUGCUGAUGUGCUACUGUCACAGUUUACCGCUGUCUAGUACAAUAUGUGACAUCUCUCUACCUGGGCCUCAACAUUCUCUACUUAAAUGCGGAAGACAUAUUUCAGUUGAACGCAUUCAACUGACUAGGUAUCACCCUUUCACUUACCUUUCCCUACUCUGAGGUCAAUGCCGAGAGCAUUUGGAGUUUCCCAAAAACCUAUUUCCCAAUACUUACCUAGUGAAAGUAGUUAUGUGUUAUGCAGUUAAGAGUCACACAAAAGCUAACCUUAAACAAGGCUUAAUAUAGCCACAUCUUGUUGAUGUUCUUGAAGUGAAUAGGAAAAUCUUAUUAGGCUAUUUGUUGGGUGUGCUGGCCCAGAAAAUGGCUGACCAGGUAUUUUUCCCUUUCUUUCCUAAUGCGAUGUAGCCUGGUAAGUGUGAUGGCCUGUUGCAGCUUGUAACUGCUUGUAUGUGUACCAAAUGCCUACUAGGCGUAGACACACCCACUCAGCCAUGCCAGCCUGCCAAGAAAACAGAUGUACCCUUCUCCUGCAAAAACCCAAUGAGCUAUGCAAUUAACUUGUGAUUUUUUUGGGGCCAUGCAACAAUCAUGUUGUUGGAGAGGAGUAAAAUUGUCUAUACUUAGACGCUACUCUUGGGUCAGUUUUGUUUUUCCCGCCUAACUCCUACAUAGAGUACUGUUUAAUGCAGCAAAAGUCAAGUGUCCAUGCUAGAAUGUGCAAAUGUAAAGCAUAUUCAAUUUGGACACGUUUUCACAGUGCACAGCAGAGUUUGACAUCCUGUUGCUCUUCUCAAGCUCAGAGAUCGUCCAAGUUGACCAUAUGUAAUGGAGCUCAGAGAGUGUACAGAUGGGGACUGCUCUGUGCUCGCUGGCCUGCUGCCAGAUGGCAUACAGUAUAUGUCUGGAUUUAACCCACUUCCCCAAUGACCCGUUAAAUGUAAACACAAUUUCUCUCUCCCCCUCCCUCGCUCCAUCUCUGCCUCUCUUUCUCUCUGUCCAUCUCUGUCUCACAUCCUCCAUACCCCCCCAUCUUAAUUCAAAUGUAAAUUCUCUCUCUUUCUCCCUCUUUCUGUCCAUUUCUCUUUGGGUCACGUUUAGCCCACAGAGGGGAGGGGAAGGGAGACCAGGAGAGGGUGGAGCAGUGCUGUGGACUGAUUGUAUACAGUUACCUUUGGGUGUCUGGCGCUUUGUGCCUUGGCAAAUAAAAUAGCAAGCCUCCAGAUGUGUACUCAGUUUUCUUUCUUAGUAGAGUGACCCAAAUAUGUGAGCAACAGUUAGCUACUCGCGAUGAUAAUGCUACUGGUGUGUAUAUAGUAUGUCUUUUGAAGUUCCAAAGUGAAAACAUCACUCCAACUCCCUUCUCCCAUCUAGGAAUGUGGCCAUGCUUUUGUUCUGAUUAUGCGAAUACAGCUUUGCUCCUGAUUGAAGUAUGAAAAUAUCUCUUAGUUCCCUAAAUAUAAAUCUAUCCCUUCACAGCAUUCUCCUUGGAGGGAUCGGGCCUCAGCUUCGCAGACCUGUUCCGUCUUGUGGCCUUCUGCUGCAUCAGCAGGUAACACACACACACUACCUCAAGAAAUACUACAUUUCUCAUCCUAGUUAUAAAUCACCUAUUCCUUUGAAGAGGAACACAUGGAGCCCAGAGGUUCCUGAAAGAACCAUGAGUCAGUUGAAGUACAGAGAAUGGAAUUUACUGGCCACCUCAUCACUUCAUGUUAUUGCACUGAGACUAUUGCACUGUUUUCUUCGAAAGCUAUCAAUGUCAAGUCUAGUCUGCACUAUAACAAUUCUAAUUACAUAUUGUCUUGGUUAGUUAAACAAGCUCAAGGCUAUUCAAACAAUGAUAUUAAAGCUUGGAUAAAACUUGAAGGUUGUGCUUGAUUGAAAACACAUUAUUUUCUGGUGUGGUGAAUGUCAAGGCCACAAAUCAACAUGGAGUGGGGGGCAAGCAGGAAGUGUCUAUGAGGAAGAAAACAGGCCUUGAACUGUCUGUAGCUUGUGUUUAAGUAUUGAGACAGGAACAAAACUGCAAACAAACCAUAAGGGAUCAAAGAUGAUCAUGAACUUUGAGUGUACAGUAUGACUUCAAGCCAACUGUGUGCAUGGCUCAAAGUUCUCAAUUCUGUUUUGAAUAGCAGCCUUAUUCUGCUCUCGGGAUGAAUGAUGUUGGUUAAAUUAUUUGCCAUGAUAAUGUCAAUAAUGUCAAUUAUUCAAUUAGAGCUUAGUAAAUGUGCACUUCCUGCGUCUCAGUUCUCUGAGACACAGGAAGAAACAGGGUGGGGUGCUGAGCCUCUUGGCCUGUCUCGCUCUCUUUCUGUCUGUCUGUCUCUCUGUGUGCGUCUGUGUGUGCGCGUGUGUGUGUGCGCGUGUGUGUGUUUUGUGUAUGUGUGUGUGUGUGUCCACUCUCUCUCUCUCUAGCCCAAGGAACCACACAUGGGACAAACACUAGUUAGGGAAGGGCUGUUUGGUCACCCCAAUGAAAUGACUCACUGCAGGGACAGGGAUUAAUUCCCUGUUUCUUACUCUUUCUCUCGCUCCAUUUUCUUAUGGUCUUUCUUUCUCACUCACUCUCACUCAUUUUCAUCUCACAUAUUGUCUCUGUCUGCCUCUCUCUUAGGGAUGUCUUGCCAUUCACUCUAAAGCUUCCUGAAGCCAUCUCUGCAGCCAAGACACUAACAGACUUGGAGGAGGUGGCCAAGCUAGGAGCAGGUGAGUGUCCACUAGACUGAUACUGUAUGUUUGUACUGAUAAUGCAUGUCUGAAGCAUGAAGAUUAAAAGUGUAGCCUCACUUUGUAGCUGGAUGGUCAUUGACUGCCUGCUAGUUGACUGUGGUGGCUUUAGAAAAGUAUUGUUAGGACCUUAGGUCUAAGGUACAUCUGUUAUGUUUAAAACCAAGCAAAUUGUCUUCCUCCGGCUGUUCUCGUAAAUCACAUUUAACCACAUUCUCCAAGUUAAACUAGUAAAAGCCCAAAAUGACAUGGCUCCAUGAGUCACCCAUAGGAACAAUGCCUCUCUGAGCCCCAAAUCAGUGCUGCUCAGCUGGGCACAUGAUCAGGAGAGCACUGGGGCUCUGGAGCCCCUUAGUAGGCCUCACUGGGGUCUUAAACCUCAGUCAUGAACCACUCUCUGUGCAAUGUGCUCUCUGUGCCAAAGACGUAAUGUCACUCUGCCUGGCUGCCUCUGAAAGAGUUGAUAUACAGUGUAGGCAUAUACUAGCCUCGGUGACACACUGAUUUGAUAACAUACUUCCUUUGGUGUGGUUUCGAGUGAUCUUCACACACAACAGGCCCACUGUGUAGCUUUUCCCUCUGAGGAACGUGAGCAGACUGCAUUGAGACUUAAACAAUGCUUGAGUUUGUGUGUGUGUGGACGUAGAUGCGCGUCAGUGAAGUUUCAAAUAGAUUUUAAUGACAUUCAUAUAGGUGACCAUGCUGGAGAUGAGCUGUGUAGGUAGAUAGGCUAUGUCGCGUCACUGAAAUGUGGCUUUGGACAGAACAAAAGACACCAGUGCUGAGUUCUGACGUCUGGAUCGGUAACCGUACCUGUGACUGUGCACCUGUGUGUGGGUCUGAUUCAAUACAAUGGGUCUGUGUCCAUCUAUGCUUCAGAGAAAGUCGACUCUUUAUUUCAUUCUGUCUGUGUCUAUUCAACCCUUUGUCAGAAGAUGAGCUUGAUUGAAAAAGAAGUACACAGUAGCUGGACAUACUAGCAGAUGCUUGAUAAAGAAGCUUUUUCAAGCAGCGAACCAUUAGCAGACAUUGCUGUCUUUCUUUACCAAGAGGCUGAACUUUGGCCAAGAAUGAAUUCACUUUAUCUGUCAUCAUCUGCCUGAAUUUCAGGUUUCCUCCCCUCAUUGUCCUAAGCUCACCCUAGAUUUUUACAGCUGCCAGUUUUAGACAAGGACAUUUCCCUCAUUAGGCCACACCCUCCCAGUGUCUCAGGGCAGUGUUCAGUACGAAAAAACGUACUGCAACGUUCAAUUAAAUGGAAACGGUGCUGUUCUGAACGACUAGGUGAAAAACAGGGAGCGGUUGGGUUGGGAAACACUCCGCUGCCCUUUAAAUACCUCACUCAUUGCUUCAAGCCACACCCCAUCAAACGGAGCAAACGUACCUCAGUCUUUUCAAGAACAUUGAAGAAUGUUUUGGGGAAACAUGUCGUUCAGUACAAACCAUCAAGCAAAUGGGUUGGGGUUAUCUUUGUAUGCAUUUCUUUGAUUGUUUUUAAACUUGUAACCCCCCUCUGAAUAAAAAGUUGCUUACAAAGCUCAAGUGUCGCACAGGACUCGUUAGAAGGGACUGUGACAAAACCGCACAGAAUGACUGGGGGAAAUUAAUUUAAUGUAAUUGUGAUCUUCCUAUGAAUUUGGCUCUAGCAGUUGAACUGUUUGGGCUAUUGGCAAUUAUGACCCCAUGCCUGAAAGCUAUGACUCUCAGGAACACAGAAUGGCUGGGGAAAAUGAAUUGAUAUUCUGUUCUAAGAAAGAUGAAAUACAGAAUGAUUGCCUGAUGAUCUUUCUUCUGCUCUCCUGAACUUUCCAACUUCUAAGCAUACUUCAUUCAGACUGAAACAUCUUUGUGUUAUUUAUAAGGCCAGAUUCAAAAGUGUAAUCAAAUAAUUACAUUUGUUUCGGAUACCUCCAAGUGUCCUAAAAUAGUGUGAUGGUCCAUGUUAUCACUAUCUUAAAGGCCCAGUGCAGUCAAAAACGUGAUUUUCCUGUGUAGCUCCUGUUUUGAGCACAUCAUUUGAUCAUAUGCCGAGGGUAUGAAACUAAAUGUUUCAGGUCUAAUGUCUCUAUAAUUGGUGUUUUGAGGGGACCAAAUAAAAUGUUAAAGGAUAGCGUCCCUUUUUAGACCAUUUUUCCAUUUGCCCUGAAAGAAGUCUAUGGGGCCAGGAGAGGCUGUCAUCCACUGUUUUGGUUUGUUUCAAAACAUAAGGAAAGGGGCAAGCUCACCUUGUUCAAAAUUGCAUGACCAAAUCAACUCAAAUACUUAGUUUGAAGUUAAUUAGAGGUGAAUUGGCCACACCAUUUGAACAUGGUGAGCUUGCCCCUUUCACUCCCAUUGUUUUGGGGGGUUUUGGUUAUUGUUGCGUAAAGUUAGCUCAACAUGCCAGUGGCUUUUGAAACAAAUCUGAACCAUGUGAAAAAAGUGAAGAUAUCCUAGAGUCAUAGAAACGUUAAAUAUUGUCUGACUAAUUAAGUUUGAAGACGUUUGAUAUAGAGGAAGUCUUCAUGAUGACCAUCAAAAGUUAAGUCUUUGUACUUAACGUUUGCUUUUUUUAAGAGUUGUUAAUUUGGUUCAAGGUGCAACACAAUAUUGAUUAUUGAAUUACUGUUGCUCUAGUUCGGUCUUUUAUGAAUCACUUAAACAUGUUCUAAAAAUAACUAGUUAGAAGGGCCGAGGGUCUAGUUAAAUUGUGUAGAAAUUGCAGUAAAUUAGCGUUAGGUGGAGAAAAUAAAUUCUGGGGGAGUACCCCCUAACAGGUUUGCUCUCCCCCCACCUAUAAAACCAAAGUUUCGCCCCAGAAAGUAACUGUGAAAAGGGCAAGAGCUGCCAAAAUGGAAGAAUAACAAAAACAGCAGAGAAAAAUAAUUAUUGAAGGAGUGGAGUAGGAAAAACUUUGACGGAGAGCUGGCGAGCGAGGGAGUGGGAGAGAAACAGGGGGAGGAGAGAAUGCUGUGUUGACAGUCCGCCAUCACGCACUCAUUAGCAUGUGUGAGUCAUAACACAGUCCGUGUGUGUGAGACAUGACAGCGAGGCUUCAGACUGGAUGGCAGUGUGCUCUAGAGCUCUCUCACACUAGUCAACUCAAAUCAGAGCUGGUCUUUGUCUGCUGUAAGUCGAUGUGAGAACAGUAAGUCAAUGUUUCUCUGGUCUUACAUUGUGAUGUGACUUUGGCUGAGUCUGGUACGGCUUUGUGUCUUUUAUUGUUCUAGAGUCUCUCUGAGUUUGCACUGUCUAGUACAGCUCUGUUGUAUAAGCUCUUCAGUUGGACGUGUCUCUUCUAGCAAUAGGUUAGCUCUGUCAUAUGCUGCUUUUCGACUGGAACACCAGUGUUACACUAGUGUAUACACCCUUAUCUUAUACUAGGGAAAUUUGUGUUUCUGUAGCUAUGGCUGACAGUGAGAACUUGUGAAGAGCCGAAUCAACAACCUCUGCAUAAUCAAAACAGUUGCUUUGUAAGAAGGUGUUAAAGUUCACAGUUAGCCUCUGUUAUGUAAAUGAAAGUUGAAAAGUACCAGUGGCCUGGCUUUGGCCCCAAGUAAGAGAAGGUCCGCCGGAGCCAAUGUCCAGUGAGACUCGGGUGCUGGCCCGCAUAGAUGGAACAGAAAAGUCUGAGCCUUUUGGGUAAAACACUGGGGUAAAUCCUGUAUGGAAAUGCCCAAUAGUGUCAUUAUUUGGUAAUGGCUUUGGUUGCUAAGUUGUUGGCUGUGUACAAACAGUAGUGACCAGCGCUGUUCUUUGUAAGUGUUCUAUGGUUAUAUCAUACUGAUUGGAAUGUUAUUGUGUUGCUGUUAUGUAGACUGGUAUGGUUGUACUUAAUUGCAACAAUGUGCUAAUAUGCUUUUGUAUUAAUACUAUGUAAUGUAGGCAUUGGCAAAUUGGUAUGAUGACAGUAGCUUAAUUGACUCGAUGGUAUAAUGUUGAUGUGUAUUGGCAUAGUUUUUCUCAGUUACUACAUUGGUGUUAUUAUCAGGUUAUUGUAGCCUCUGUUUUAAUGUAGAACAUCACUACGUUGAUAUUAUAUUACAGUAUCAUGCUAUCCUUAUGUUGCAAAGGAGUGUAAUAUCAGACUGACUGACUCCUGCAGCGUUUGACCAGUAAUGUUAUUGUGAGUUAGGGCAACAUUGAAAUAAUGUUGGCGUAAUAUUUGCAUGAUGUUAAUGUAAUGUUAGUGUUAUCUUACUAGUGCUGAGUGAUUAUGUUUUGAAACAACUACCGGUAAUUGAGCAUUUCAUUCAGUUUUUUUCAGUGAGCUCAAUGCCCACAUUGCACAGUUUCUCUAGAGAUCAAUUAUAUCCAGCCCGAACUGUGCAAUAUAGUAGGGAGUUGUAGUUUCCAACAGGCAAAUAUUCUACACAGUUUAGCGCAUAAAACGUGGUAAUUAAUUACAAUGACCGUAAUCUAUUGUGCGCCUACUUGUCUGUGUUUCUUUUACGCCUGCUACGUUAGGUAAGUGUGUGGGGCAGACACGGAGAGGGAGGGAAGAGAGAGAAGAAUGCGCGAUUUAGGGGGAUAGAGAGCAGUUGCUUCAUGAGGUAUCUCUACCUGAAAAUACAUGAUCUAAGUGAUUGCUAUUUGGUAUAAAAAUAUGCCUUAUUUACUUUGAAGAACUACAAAAUAGUGAUUUUGUUAGACAGCAUAGGCAGCAGCUCUAUAGAGAUGAGAUGAUGACUUGGAAUGAAAUAAUAAAGUCAUCAAAUAAAACAAAUGUAAUAUACACAAACAACUGAAAUAUUUUAGUAAUUAAAGUAAUGUGAAUAAAUGAUGGUUAAUAAGUGAUAAGCAGUAAUGGGCAGUCACUACCAUCAUGUGACUUUUAUUAAUUGUUUUAUUCUGUGUUGUUACAGCAUUCAACCCACAUAAUGUAUAGUAGGCUUGUCAGGAUACCAACAUAUUACAAACGACACGAUACUAGGCCAAGUAUCACGAUACCGAGUAAUAUCACUUUGAAUUUAACUUCACACUGUUCAGUGUAUAAUAGAAUACUGCAUAGAAUGGCUGAUUUGCUCUUAUUUAAAAAGGCCUAACUGUGAUUUGGCUGGAGAAAUGGGAAGAAGGAAUAUACAUACAUUAUGAUCUGCAUGUUAUUAUGCAUGUAUAAGGAAAAAACACUGCAUAAAACCUUCUUUACUCUUCAGUUAACACAGACACAAACACACUCUCCCUUCCUCACACACUCUCUCGGUCUCCCUCACUCUCAUACACACACACACACCACUUUCUCUCUCCCACAAACACACAUACACACUGCUUCCAACUUUUAAAUUACACAAUGUAUCAACAUUGCUUGCUUUGCGCUGCUCCAAUGUAGCAAAUGUACAAAUCUAACAACAGAAGACUAAUCAGGGUCUGGGUCUGCAUCCCCGCUUGCCAUCAGUACUAAAUUACAUAUUUCUAAAACUGACGGAGGUAUAGACACACAUGAAGGGCGGACAGAGAGAAGCAGGUGAGGGCUGUUAGGGGAUGCGGCGCGUUGAUUACAUCUGCCACACGUGCGCAUGAAAGUGAAGUGGAUAUUAUUGGACAUGUGCAUAUUAGAGACUAAUGGCUGUAGCUUAAAUUUAACUCCAUUUAUAAACAGAACUGACUUUAUAAACAUUUUAUAACAGGCGCCAACGGGUUCUUUAGAUUGGUAGGAUUGAAAAAGUUGGUAGUAUCAUAUGAAACGGUACUACGGUAUUCUAAAAUGUUGUUAUCAUGACGUUUUGGUACCGUUAUAUUACCGUGGUACAGGUAUACUGUGCAACACUAAUGCAUAGUGCAGUUAAUGUUUAAAAAACGAAUAAAUAAAUAAUCGAACCGAAGCCGAACUGACCUCAAAAAGCACUAAUCGCUCAGCACUAUAUUUUACAGUAAUGUUGCUGUUGUAGUGUCUGACUGUUCUGAUCCUCUCUCUCUCCUGUCUCUGCCCUGCAGGCUUCUGGGACUCUGGGCGUUGCUGCAGGAGGAAGAGUUCUGUCUCCCGGUUGUCCGGAACAACCACCCAGGACCAAUCACCCAGCCCCCUGGUCACCCGCACCCCAUCCCAGCUUGAGUGUUCCCAGUCCAAUGGGGCUCUCUGCUUCAUCAACCCCCUCUUCCUGAAGGUUCACGACCCAGAGGGGGGAAACCACACUCCUCCGUCCUCCACCAGCCACUACAACAACCCCCACCACCUAAACAACAAUAGUACUACAACAACUACAGCAACAACGGUACAAGUACAACAGCACUGUACCAGCAACCCAGAGCAACUUAACGACUGCACAAACAGCCCUCAACCCCUUAGCGAGAGCCCUCAGAAUCUUAGCCCUGACAACAGCCCCCAGCAUCAUAACAACAGUGUGAGCCAGGCUAAGAGCAUGUCCCGCCCCCCACCUCCUCGCCCCCCACCUCCCCACUGUGCUCCCCGUCGCCCUGCCCCCCCUCAACGCCAGCGCAGCAUGCCUGAGAAGAUAUCCUGGAUCAACCCCCUGAAAGAGAAGGAGAGGGUGGGAGAGAGGGAGAAAGGAGGAGAGAGGGAGAAGGGCAGUAGCCUUCUCUCCCGCCUGGGCUCCUCUCUCAGCAUCAGCCCUUCCUCUCCUUUGCUCUUAUCCUCCCCUCCUAAGAAGCUCAGCAUCAGUGCCCCCAUCUCUAUCCCCCUCCCCCUCUCCUCCUCCCCAAGUAGGCCAAAACCCACGCCGCCAAGCGACGUUGACUGCCAUCUUGCUCUCGAUGACCAGACUAUUGAGAACGCCAUUUCUCUCAGUCUGGCUAAGCUGUCACUGAGAAACACCACCACCACCCCUGAUGACAACACAGAGGGAAACAGUCCGUCCACUCAAGACCCAGCCCCCUCCUGUCGAGAGGAAGAAGGAGGAAGAGAAGGAGGAGGAAGAGAAGGAGGAGGAAGAGAAGGAGGAGGAAGAGAAGGAGGAGGAAGAGAAGGAGGAGGAAGAGGGGACAGUGUGCAGCGUCUGAGCGACAUGAGCCUUUCCACCGAAUCCUCUGCCGACUCACUAGACUUUUCCCAGGGCUUCUUCCCCCCUCUCCCGGAACCCAGCCCCCCCACCACCAACAACCUGGUCCUUCCCCCCCUCACCCACCCCUACAGCAGCAUGGAGGAAGACAACGAUGACGAUGAUGAAGACGAAGCAGACUUCGGCGGGAGCCUGGAGAGCGACCAUGACCAAGACCAGGACCUGACCAUCACCCCUCCCGGGCUGCGCACCAAACGGCGAGCCAGCGCCGGGGCCAUGGUCAUCCAGCGGGCCCUCAGGGGCCACCUCCGUAAGAUGAGUGGGGUGUUCAACUCUCUGAUGACCCCAGAGAAACGGGCCAUACGGAGAGUCCUGGAGCUGUCCAGGGAUAAGGGCUCGUACUUCGGCUGCCUGGUGCAGGACUACAUGAGCUUCCUGCAGGAGGGAGGGGGCAGCCAUGCCUGGCAGUGCCACGCGUCAGGACUGGAGUUGCUGCAGACGCUACGCCAGUUCAUCACCCAGAUGAAGAGCUACCUGCGGCAGAGCUCUGAGCUAGAGCCCCCCAUCGAGUCACUCAUCCCAGAGGACCAGAUCGGUAAGUAG